AUGAAUCGAGCGCUUCAGAUGGCGUACCUGGAGGCAGAGACUUCAGCCCGCCUCGCCCGUCAGUUCCUCGCCAACAUGAGCCAUGAGCUUCGCACUCCCCUCAACGCCGUCAUCGCCUUCACUUCCCUCGUCCUCGACUCCCGCGACCUCAGUCCCCUCCAUGAAGAGUACCUCUCCUCCUCCUUGACCUCCGCCGAGGCUCUCCUUGGCAUCAUCAACCAGGUCCUGGACUUCUCCAAAUUUCAUGCGCAGGAGGAGGAGGAGGAGGAGGGAGGGGAGGAAGAACGACCCAAGUCGUCCGACGCUCGGCCCUCGCUACGAGUGAACGCGCGCGACGUCGACUUUGCGGUGGAGAUCUGUCCACUGCUGCGGGGGGAGAAGGUGCCGAAGCUGCUGGGAGACCCGGUGAGGCUCCGCCAGUGUCUCGUCAACCUCUGCGACAAUGCCGCCAAGUUCUCCAAGGAUACGGGGGGUCAGGCCCUCUUGUCCGUCGAGGUGGAGGAAGGAGCCUUCGGCGAGCUGCUGGUGCUCGCUCAAGUCUGGGACAACGGCGAUGGCAUCCCCAAGGACAAGCAGCCGCUCCUCUUCGUUCCUUUCUCGCAGGUGGACUGCAAGUACUCCCGCAAACAUGGCGGGACGGGGCUGGGGCUCGCGAUCACCAAGAAGAUCGUGGACGCUAUGGAAGGUUCGAUCGAAGUUUUUAGCGAAGGACCAGACAAAGGGUCCACCUUCACCAUGCAGAUCUCGUUCCCCGUCGCCGCCGAUGGGGAGGAGGGGCUGCAGCAAGGUUCUCCUCUACGUAUGACCAAGCUGAGGUACGAUCGUCUCUUUCGCCUCCCCUCUCCCCCUUUCCCUGUCUCCCUCCUCCUCUCCGUCUCCCUCCCUCCUCUCCACUCUCCCCCUUCUCUCUCCGCUGAUCACCCCAUCGCAGCGGCUGUGUCAAGGUGCUGUUGCCCAAGGGUCCCGGCCAAGAGCUCGCGGUCAAACUUUGCGAAUCCUGGGGACUGA